UUGAGUGGUGACUUGAAGCUCAAAAAAUGGCAAGUUUAUCCCAAUUCUCCUUUUCGCAUAUGCUUGUCUUCAUUCUACUUGCCUUCUUUUGUUUCUCCAACCUGUGCUUCUGCUUCAAACCCAAACAUUUCAAUCUAUCCACUCAAGCUGUGCAUUGGUCAUCCGCCGGCGCUACUUGGUACGGUAGCCCUGAUGGUGCCGGAAGUGACGGAGGAGCCUGCGGAUAUGGAAACAUAGUGUCACAAGCACCAUUUUCUUCUCUUGUCACUGGAAUUGGCCCAUCCCUCUACAACUCAGGCAAGGAAUGUGGAGCUUGCUAUAAGAUAAAAUGUACAAAGCACCCGAUGUGUUCCGGCAAACCGGUGAGGGUCGUUAUCACUGAUUUUUGUCCCGGAGGCCCAUGCGCAUCGGAAUCAGCUCACUUCGAUCUAAGUGGAACAGCAUUUGGUUCCAUGGCCAUCCCGGGUGAAGAAAAUAAACUUCGCGAUGCAGGAGUAUUACAAAUUCGAUAUGCAAGGGUUGCGUGUGAUUAUUCGGGGAAGACCAUCAUGUUCCAUGUGGAUCCGGGGUCCAAUCACGAGUAUUUCGCGGUGGUGGUCGAGUUCGAAGAAGGAGAUGGAGAUCUUGCUAGGGUUGAUCUGCUGCAAGCAUCAAGUGAACCUGAUGAAUGGUGGGAGAUGAAUCAAUCAUGGGGUGCAGUGUGGCAAUUGAAUGCUGGUACAGAAUUGCAUCCUCCAUUUUCAAUCAGGUUGACAUCUCAAUAUUCUGGCCAAACCCUGGUGGCGAAAAAUGUAAUUCCGAUUGGUUGGCAGCCUGGUGCUACUUAUAGAUCCCUAGUUAACUACCUUUGAUUAUAUAAUACAUAGUAAUAGGUGUUUUCACUUUUCAUCAGUGCAUAUUAGAGCAUGUUUGGUUGUGCUUCUUUUAAAGAAGAACGAGUUUUUUUUCUCGACAAUACUGUCACACUUGAUACUUACCCUGUCGAGAAAAGCUGCUUUUUAUGUUAAGCCAAACAUAUGUGCUCUUAAUUGUGUGAAUGCAUGAGAGAUGUCUUUUAAUGUCA